GUGCUAAAAUGCCACUCAACACCAAUAUUCGGCCUUCAUCGACAACCAACCUCGCCUUUGUUUCCCUCAUCAUUCUUCUCUUCUCCCCUCGAACCACCUCUCAAGCAUGCAAAAGCUCGUGCGGCGCAAUACCAGUGAAAUACCCGUUCGGCACCGGCCCGGGAUGCGGCGACCCACGGUUCCAAACCCGAGUAACUUGCAAUAAUCAACAUCUGACCUUCAUCACACACACUGGAUGCUAUCCGAUCACCGCCAUCGACUACUCAAACCAAAUCAUCUUUAUUACUGAUCCCACGAUGUCGACUUGCGCCUGCACUCAACCAAGCAAAGGCUUCAGUCUAGAUUGGGACGCGCCAUUUAGCUUUCAUGACGACACUGUUUUUUCCCUGAUCAAUUGUGACGCCUCCACGUCGCCAGUAUUCAAAUCCGAUGGUCGUAACGAUUCGCUUUCUCCGGUUUGUGAUUCCGAGAGCGGGAGCCGAGUUUGUGGGCUCUUGAAUUCUUGUCAAGCGGUUAGUCGGCUCGAUAUCCCGGUCUCCACGUGUUGCGUCUAUACUCCGGUGGAUCUUGGUCCAUCCUUCGAGAUGGACUUGCAGAAGCUGAAAUGUGAUUCGUAUUCAGGUUUAUACGGUUUUAGUGGACACGCGGACAAUCCCGACAGUUGGAAAUAUGGCAUCGCGAUAAAGUAUAAGUUCAAUUUCAACAACGAAUAUCCAGAACUCUGUGCUAACUGUGAGAAAACCAAUGGCGUCUGUGGGUAUAACGGACCUUAUAAUUCGUUAAUAUGUAACUGUCACAGUGGAAUCAAUGCUACGUCAGAUUGUUCGUUUGAAGCAACGUGGAACGGUUCUCGGAGAUUCCUUCCAUUUAGCAACGGGGCGUUCUGGAUCUAUGCACUGGCAUGGAUACUGAUAUGGAGGAUGGCGUAGAUUUCAAAGAUUCUGAUAUAAGUCGUGUGUUUUCUUGUCAUUUU